AUGGACGAUUCCUCUUCCUCCGGCAGCGAGGACAGUCUCACGACCAAGCGGACAUGGCGCGAGUACCUCAAGGAAGAGGUGACUCGGGACUGGACCGACCUCGUCCUGCUCGUCGGAUGCUUUGCGACGGGUCUGCUGGACGCGGCGGUGUUUAACGUUUGGUCCUGCUUCGUCUCGAUGCAGACAGGAAACACAGUCUACGUCGGGCUAGGCAUAACCUCUCAGCCCUAUUCGCAGCCCUAUCGCUGGGUCAAAUCAGGCACGUCCGUCCUCUCCUUCAUCCUCGGUUCCUUCCUCUUCUCGCGCCUCUCCUCCUCCCUCUCUCCACUCCGCCGCUCCACCCUGAUCCUCACCUCGACCCUCCAAGCACUCCUCAUACUCAUCUCUGCCCUGCUCUCUCAACUUGAUAUCGUCCCGCGCGGCGCGGGCGAUCUCGUCCCCGACAACCUGAUCGUCCUCCUCCCGCUCUCCCUGCUCGCCAUGGCCGCCGGCGGGCAGUGCGUCCUCUCGCGCGUACUAGGGUAUAAUGAGGUACCGACGGUAGUGCUCACCUCGGCGUACUGCGAUCUGGUGAUGGAUGAGAAGGUGUUCAGCGGGGUGACGGGGAAUAGUAAGCGGAAUAGAAGGGCGAUGAGCGCGAUGCUGUUGUUGGGCGGGGCGGCGAUUGGGGGGUGGAUGACCAAGGAGCAGAAGAUUGAGGGGGCGCUGUGGAUCGUCGGUGGGGUCAAGGUGGGGAUGGCGUUGCUUUGGGUGGGGUGGAAGGCGGAGGGGAGGGGGAUCAGGCUGGCGUGA